AAAAAUACUUCAAACACCGCCUAUAAAUACAUCAACGAUUGCCCGUUUACCAUCAUUAAUUCAGCCAAACCGAGACACGUUCCGUAUAACACAAAGCAAAAGUACCCGAAAUGAAGUCGUUAAUGGCGUUUGUGGUGAUAAUGGUAUCGAUCGCCCUGGCAACUUCGAUCGCCCUACCGAGCCCGGUGCCCGUCCCGGCGCCCAAACCGGACCCCAGAGCCCAGCCGUCGGGAUUAUACGCGGGAUUCCCCGGAUACUACGGCUACAGCGCCUCCUACUGGAACCCUUGGUACUGGCCUUCCUACUGGUGGUAAUACCGAUUCAUUGUCGUUUUGUACCGAUUUUAAUAUUUUUCGAAUAAAUUCGCUAGUGGGUAA